GUCAAAAAGACGGCGGUUGCUGCACCUAAAUUUUGUCACGGUUGCAGUUUGAGCAGCUGCUUAAUGUGAGAACCAGAAACAGGAAAAAGAUCCUCCAAGUUUAGACAUGACAGCUGCUUGGAGGCUUUUUCUGGUCCACCAGCAGCCAGCCUCUCCAAAAGAAACGCCAUCAAAUAGUCAGGAUCACUAAAGACAGCAGGAAGGAAUCAGCUGCAGGGAAGAUGGCUGAGAAGAAGAUGUCGCUGAGCCGCAGAAAUCAUCUCAAGAGUCUGCUGCUCCAGAUCGGCAAAGAAAUGCUGGAGGAGGAGGCCCGGCGCGCUGAGGAGGAGAAAAUGGCGUACAUGAGGGAGAACUGCCCCCUCUCCUUCCCACAAUGCACCCUGGACCUACAGGAGCUGUGUCGGCAGCUUCACAAGCAGAUCGAUUUGGUGGAUGACGAACGAUAUGACAUGGAAAUGAAAGUGAAGAAAUGCAACAAAGAGAUCGACGACCUGAAGAUGAAGGUCCAGGAUCUGAACGGCAGGUUUAAGAAGCCCACUUUGAGGAGGGUGAGGAUGUCUGCUGACGCCAUGCUGGCUGCCCUGCUGGGCUCCAAACAUAAAGUGUCCCUAGACCUGAGAGCCAACCUGAAGCAGGUGAAAAAGGAGCUGAAAGAGGAGGGGAAGCAGACGGGCGACUGGAGGAAGAAUAUUGAAGAUAAAUCUGGGAUGGGCGGGAGAAAGAAGAUGUUUGAGGCAGAGGCUUAAAUGAUAUUGACUUCUAUGUUUUUUAAAAAGGUAAUGCAUUACAAUAAAUACUUAAUUGUACAAGUAAUUUGAUCUUUUUGUUGUUUUUUUAAAUUAAAUAAUAAAUUACUGUUCCUUC